GAAUCUUGGGGUUUCUCACUCCCCACCAUCUCUGACGUUGUUAAAUUAAUUCUUUGAAUGAAAUUUCUUUCAGAAUUGAAUGUUGUUCUCUCUUUUAACAACUUGUCUUAAGGUAAACUAAAUUGUACCAACCAUUCUUGCUGGAAUGUCUUCACCAACCUUAUCGCAGAGUGGAUCGACUUCAUCUGACUGUGAACUCCUUUGUGAAACCACUGGUUUAUGUACCAAAUGUCCCUCUUGCUUGGAGAUGUAUAUAAUGCCCAAAGUUCUUGAUUGUUUUCAUACAUUUUGUCUUCCUUGUUUAGAAAAGAGUCAGGAUGAUCCAAGCAAGAUCAUCUGCUCAGAAUGUUCUUUUGUAACCCAUCUACCCCAUGGUACUCUGGAUUUGGCAACUGAUUAUGCUAUUAGUAAUGUUCUUGAGUCUUCGGUGCUACGUUGUUCAGUACAAUGUACCGGUUGUAAAAACACAGAUAAGAUAGCUGUUGCUAAAUGCUAUAAUUGUGCCAAUCUCCUUUGUGCCAACUGUGUCAUGGCACAUCAGUUCAUGCAUUGCUUUGAAGGUCAUAAAGUGUUGAAUUUUACUGAAAUACACGAGCUUCCCGAUGACUAUUCACCGUCCGAAAGAUGUGUAACCUGUCCCAAACACCCAUACAAAGUGCUGCAAUCCUUCUGCGUGACUUGCAAUAUUCCUGUUUGUAAAGAUUGUGCAAUAUCUGAGCAUAAUUCUGGCCAUGAUUGUCAGGUGUUGUUAGAUGUUGUUGAUAAUGAACUUGAGAAACUCCAGCAACUACAGAUCAAAGUAAAAUCCAGAUCAAAAGACCUUGAAACUAUUUCUGACAAACUGAAAGACAUUGAUUUUCAGUUAUGUUCACAAUAUCACAAAAUCCAAAAUGAUAUCAGUACGACUUAUAAUUACUUUCAAACAGUUUUGGAUGAACGUAAACAGGAAUUGCUACAAGAACUCGAAGACACAUUUAGUAGCAAGAUCAUGGUUUUAAAUAAGACAGACUCUAAAAUCCAGCAAACCAUUUCUCAAAUCUCUCAUGGUUGUCAGUUUAUUAAAAAACUGACCAAAUAUGCUAAUGCUUCUGAGAUGUUGUUAAUAAAAUGUUUUAUUGAGCAACAAUUUCAGAGAAUUCUGGAAUAUUAUCCAAAUCUACAUUGUCAAGAAUUUGAUUUUGAAUUCUUAUCUAAUUUCUCAGCCAUUCGAGCUGGUGUUCAAAAUACAUUUGGUUAUAUUCAUCAAACUGGUGACUUCGAUGCAACUGAUUGGAACGUGGAGCCUACAAGAUGCCCAAGAAGACCAUAUAAAACUCCAGACAGUAAACAAUUCUCUUGCCACAGUCAACAGUAUAACUCUCCAGAAAAGGUCUAUGAGAAAUGGAAUGGUGCCUUAGAUGUUUCAAACGAAGAAUCUGUUUAUACAUCACCUAACAAUUUGUUAGAGUUCAAAACUAAAUUAAUAAAUACUUCCUUUUCUACGUCCUCAAAACCACAGAUAAGACGUCAAAAAAUGAUUUAUCAUUGUAAGUUUGGUGAAUUUGGAACCCUUGAUGGCCAAUUUACAGAACCAAGUGGUGUGGCUGUCAAUGCUCAAAAUGACAUUGUCAUUGCUGAUACAAAUAACCACCGCAUUCAAAUAUUUGACAAAGACGGUCGGUUCAAGUUUCAAUUUGGUGAAUGUGGCAAAAGGGAUGGCCAGCUUCUGUAUCCCAAUAGAGUAGCGAUUGUGAAGUCAUCAGGAGAUAUAGUUGUUACAGAGAGGAGUCCAACCCAUCAGGUUCAAAUUUAUAACCAAUAUGGACAAUUUAUUCGCAAGUUUGGUUCUUGUGUCUUACAGCAUCCUCGUGGCAUUACUGUUGAUGUCAAAGGAAGAAUUGUUAUUGUUGAGUGCAAAGUUAUGCGUGUAAUUAUCUUUGAUCAGUUUGGUGCCGUGAUAAACAAAUUUGGUUGCUCACAACAUUUAGAAUUUCCAAAUGGAGUUGUGGUGAAUGAUAAAGAGGAAAUCUUUAUAAGUGACAACCGUGCUCAUUGUGUGAAAGUCUUUGAUUAUGCUGGAGUAUUUUUGCGUCAAGUUGGUGGUGAAGGAAUUACCAAUUAUCCAAUUGGUGUGGGAAUAAAUUCAAACGGGGCCAUAGUAAUCGCUGACAACCAUAACAAUUUCAAUGUCACAAUAUUUACACAAUCUGGUCAGCUUAUAAACGCUCUGGAAAGUAAAGUGAAGCAUGCUCAGUGUUUUGAUGUGGCUCUUCUCAAUGGCAGUUCAAUAAUCCUUGCUAGUAAGGAUUAUAGGAUUUAUAUAUACCGUUACUCUAAUUAUAGACAACAUUCUGUGUUGUGAAAGAAAUGUUUUUUGUUGG